AUGGCACUUCUCUCAAUAGCAAUGAUUUCUGACUUCUUUCACCCGAAUGUCGGAGGCGUAGAGAAUCACAUUUAUAUGCUCAGCGUGGAACUCCUCCGAAAGGGACACAAAGUCAUCGUGAUAACGCACUCGCACCCGCCGGAUCGCGUUGGCAUUCGAUGGCUGCUUCCUGGAAUCAAAGUCUAUUAUAUUCCUUUCACAACCAUCGCAUCCUCCGCUACUCUACCGAACUUUUUCACGUUCCUUCCGUAUUUCAGGAGCAUCAUUCUGCGUGAACGCAUUAACAUCGUGCACGCACAUGCUUCGCUUUCGUCCCUGGGCCACGAAGGGAUCUUGCAUGCUCACCAUCUUGGCGUGCGGACUGUCUUCACGGACCAUUCGCUCUUUGGGUUUGCAGACGCAGCAAGUAUUCUUACAAACAAACUACUUGAAGCAACUCUCGCAAAUGUUGACGGUGUCAUUUGCGUAUCUCACACCGGACGCGAGAAUACAGUACUCCGAUCAUGCAUUCCGCCAUCAAUCGCCCAUGUCAUACCAAAUGCACUUGUAGUAGAUCAAUUCAAGCCUUCUGACAAGCUCGUCUCUGGCGCUACAAUUAACAUUAUUGUCAUUUCACGUCUUGCAUACCGAAAGGGCAUUGACCUUUUGGUUGCCACUGCUCCAAGAAUCUGUGCACUGUUCCCGAACGUUAAAUUUAUAGUAGGCGGUGAUGGUCCCAAAUUGAUCGACCUCCUCCAGAUGCGCGAAAGGCAUCUGCUACAGGAUCGUAUCAUCUUGCGUGGCUCUGUACAACAUAGUGACGUUCGCGAACUUUUGAAUGAAGGUUCUAUAUUUCUAAACACGUCAUUAACGGAGUCAUUUGGCAUAGCUAUCCUAGAAGCUGCAUGUGCAGGGCUAUACGUCGUGUCCACGCGUGUAGGUGGUGUACCCGAAGUGCUUCCACAGGACAUGAUAUCUUUACCGCUACCUGAGGAAGAUGAUAUUGUACGCGCGAUGUCUGAGGCCAUACGUAAAGUAGCUGCGGGACUUCAUGACCCACACGCAGCUCAUGCGCGGAUACGCAAGUUCUAUAACUGGAAAGAUGUCACUGAACGAACGGAACGUGUAUACGCAUUCGCGUUAGCUAGACCAGAGCGCGAUUUAUGGACUAGGAUCAAGCAAACUCAUAAUCUUGGUCGAUGUGUUGGGCCGAUCUACGUCGUUAUUCUAAUUGUGGAUAUAUUUUUCUUCGCGAUAUUGGAAUUCCUCAGCCCUCGACGGGAUAUCGACUACGUGCCAGAGGCAUGCGAUUGGGUACAGAAGCGGUACGAAGAGUAUACCAAGUAUUCAUUUGCAGAGUGCUGGACGCUCCCAAGAUAACCUUGGAUCAUAGAUGGUCUCUAUUACAGGACUCCUGUGUUGGGGACGAUACAUGCAUCAAUUACUUCCCUGCAA